AUGGCCUUUCUCUCCAGAGGCCCUCCUGCUCCUGCCGCCCCCCUGCCCCCGGCGCCUGCCGCCUUGAUGUCCCUGGAUGCCACGCACACGUGCACCCGGGCAGGUGUGUGCACCCUCGUGGCUCACGAGUGCUGCCUGCGUACACCGUCAGGCCACGCACGUGGCCAGGCUGCCGGCACGCACACCCCCUCGCCCCACGCGACAACCUGCUCAGACGGACCCGGGCCUACCCGCUCCCUGGGGACCUUUCCCGGGGCCUGGGAGGUGCCCAAGGCCAGGCUUCAGCAGCGGAAGCGGAAGGGGGGCCGGAAGAGCGAGGGCUGCCGGGCAGCAGCGGGGGAGACGGGCUGGUGUGCACGCGGGAGCCCGGAUGCGGGACCUGUACCCUGCCUGCCGCUGCCUCUGGCUGGCUCUCUCCAGAAGGAGUCAGUAAGAUUCCGAAUUAGGGUGUUUCCACUCUACUUCUCCAGCCUCUGCGGGUCCACCAAAGUGAGGUGCCCAGCCACGCGAGAGGACAGCCUUUUCUCUGGUCCUGGCUGGAGCCCAGAGCCUCUGCACGUCUCUUCCCACCCCCUUGCCCCCGCCCUACAGGAAGACAAGUGCCACUCCCUGGAAGGGGGUCCGCCCGGGGAGAGUGGAGGACCACCUCUGAGGGUGAAUGUCAGCGUCCAGGGGAGGUCCGCCAGCCACGCCCUCUGCCUCAGCCGCCCGACCGCCCUGGGCUCCCCGGAAGAGCAGCCACUCCGGGCCCACACCGGCGCGUCCAGCUUCGAGUUCCGGGACCUGGGGCCGGGAAGGCGCCACCAGCUGGAGGUGACGGCCCCGCGCCCCUGCGGGCAGAACUCCGCUGUCAUCCGCGCUGCCCACCCAGCCCUGUUGACUGUCCAGGACCUGCAGCUCCGUAGCUCGGGGAGCCCGUCCCACCUGGAGGCCUGGUGGGGCGCUGCCCCCGGCGGGCAGAAUGGCUACCAGACUCUCCUCUACCACCUGGAGUCCCAGACAUUGGCUCACAAUGUCUCCGCGUCCCCGGGCACCCUGUCCGACAACUGUAGUGACCUCUUACCCGGCAGCGCGUACGUUCUGCAGGUUCCCACCUGGGCUGCCGCCCUCCAAGCGAAGACCAGCAUCCAGCAGCGGACAGCGCCUGUGCCUCCAGCUCAGCUGGCGCCGCGUGCCAGUGCCCUGCAGGCCUCCUGGAACGGCUCUGGGGGCGCCGCCUGGCUGCGUCUCGUGCUCACAGACCUCCUCGGCGGCUCCAACCUGACGGCGGGGGUCACACGGGGCAUCUCCGGUCACACCUUCCCUCGCCUCUCUCCGGGAACGCCCUGUGAGCUGACGCUCUGCGCUGUUGCCGGGCCCCAUCUGGCGGCCGGGCCCAACGCCACCGAGUGGCCCUACCCCUCAGUCCCCCUGGAGCCGGCGCUCGCCGCCCGGCCCCCAGAGCUCUGGGCCACCUGGAAGGCAGGGCUGGGGGCCCGGGAUGGCUACCUGCUCAGGCUAAGUGGGCCGGUGGAGAAGACCAUCACGCUGGGCCCCGGGGCCCUUAAUGCCACGUUCCCAGGGCCCCUGCCCACCGGACACUACGCUCCAGAGCUGAGGGUUCUGGCCGGGCCCCAUGACGCCUGGCCCCAGGCCGGCCGGUGCCUGGCUGGAUGGAGAGUCUGUGCUGGCGGGGUGCAGGCUGCGGCCCUGCCCACCGGACACUACGCUCCAGAGCUGAGGGCUCUGGCCGGGCCCCAUGACGCCUGGCCCCAGGCCGAUGCUGCAGCCCAGCGCUGGAAAGGCAAUGGUACCGAGCUGCCCCUGGACGGGCUGGAGGCCAGCAGGGAGCCUGGGAGCCAGGUACUGCCCUACACCCAGGGAGCCCCCAGCCUCCUCAGAAACAUCGCUGGGCCACCUGGUGCCGCCCAGGUCACUCUCCAGGGACCUGGGGCCCACUACCAGGUGGGCACCGUCUCCUCUCCGGGCAACACCACCCUGAGCCCCACAAGUCACACAGGGCCCCUGGCACCACGGUCACUGGAGGCCGUGGGCAGGGGGAGCCCCUCUGACUUGACCGUUGGCUGGGCCCCAGCACCAGGGCAGCUGGAAGGCUACAGGGUCAGCUGGCGUCAGGAGGGCAGCCAGAGUUCGCUGGGCGGUCUUGUCAACUUGGGGCCCGAUAAUUCCAGCCUGAUGCUGCGGGGCCUAGUGCCCGGCUCCUGCUACACCGUGUCGGUGCGGACGGGGGCAGGGAACCUCAGCUGCAGCGUCCAGAGGGCCAGCGCCUGCCCCCGUGAGUUCCUGGCUGCGGGCCCCGGGGGGGCGGCCCCGCGGUGGCGGUGGGGACCAACGUCCUUCACAUGCCGCCCUCUGUGUGCCACGCUCCCGACUUGGAAGCCACGCGUCCAUCCAAGGUGGUCCGCUCCUGAAUCUGUUUGCAAGCAUUCCCCACCUCCUGUCAUCUGCUCGGCCAUCCACCCAUUCCCUGCGCCUCCCGCCAGCCUGAGCCUGGGCCUGGCCGCCCAGCCCCCUGCCCUGCGGGCUGUCUGGAGCCCCGCCUUCGGGGGCAGGGACGGCUUCCUCCUGCGGCUGUACCGCCUGAGCCCCCUGGCUCUGGAGGGUGAGGAGACCCGGGCCCCUGAGGCACAGAACUUCUGGGCCCAGCCGGCUCCGGGCACCGGGUUCCUGGCGUGCUGGCCACACUGCGGGGGCCGGGCGAGAGCAGCGGCGCCAGUGCCACAGGCUGGACACGCCGCUGGGUUGACUGCGCUGGCUCCCUCGGGCGUCAGGACACCCCUCGCCCUGGCCGAGAGUCCCCGGGGCCUGGCCCUUCUGGCACCAGGAAGGCGGACAGACCUGGGCUCUGCUCCCGUGCGCUGGCAUGGUCCCUCGAGCUCUCUCACGACCAGCGGCGGGGAGGACCCUGAGACCUCGGACCGGCCUGGGAGGAGUGGGAAAGCUCCGGCCAGGGGCUCUAACCGGCUCAGCCCCGGAUCGGGCCUGUGCCUCUUUGAGCCUCAGUUUACAAAGGAGGGGUCCACCAGCCCCCUCGCCCCCCCUCUGGUAAGUGUGGCCAGUGGAGGCCCCACCCAGCCCCGGGCAUCCUGGGUCCACGCGCCGUGGGGCCGGGACGGCUACCGGGGGACCGUGUACCAGGCAGGCGUCCCGGAGGGCUCCAGCCCCGUGGGGGCCCAGGUGGACGGUGCCAGUUUCUCGGCUCUGACCCCUGGCACUGAGUACGAGGUGCAGGUGGUCGCACAGGCCGGGCCCCUCCGUGCGGCGACAGCCAGCGCCUCCGGCUGGACCUCCCCACUGGCGCCCGUCGAGCUGCUGGCGUCCGUGCAGGCGGGCAGUGCUGUGGUCAGCCUGGCGGGGCACGGAGCGCGCCGCGCACGGCUCUCAGAGGCCGGGCCCCUGUCCCAGGAGCAGCCCCUGGCGCUGGGCCAAGCCCACCUGGUCCUGAGGGACCUCACACCUGGACGCAGCCUCUCCCCGUGCGUGCUGUGCCAGGCGGGGCGGCUCCAGGCCUCCACGCACCCCGUGCUGCUGCCCGUGGAGCCCGACCCCGCGGAGGACGUGCGGUGCCGGCCCGAGGUCACGCGCCGGGCCCGGGCCUGGAUGGUGCCCAAGGGCGCCGUGGACACCUGUCCGGUGGCGGCGGAGCAGCUGGCAGCAGGAGGGGACGCCCACCUCGUCUUCCAGGCCAACACCUCCGGGGAUGCCCUCCUGCUGUCCCGCCUGGAGCCCGCCGCGUCCUAGUGCCUCAGCCUCUCCGUGCGGGGCAGGAACGGCCUGUGGAGCUGGGCGGUCGCCGUGGUGUGUGCCGCUGCGGCCGAGGCCUGGCACUGCCCCCCGACUGGCCGAGGCCCCCAGCUGGAGCCUGAGAUGGGGAUGGGCGUGCUGGUCGCCCAGGGCGUGUUUGGCGAGGACGAUGGGCAGAUCCAGUGGUAUGGCGUCAUCGCCACCCCUAACAUGUCGCUGGCUCGGCCUCCCCGUGAAGCCAUCAACCACACCUGGUACGACCACUACUACGGGGGCCGUGACUCCUACCGGGCCGUCCCGCUCCCCAACCCCUUCUACCCGGGGCGCUGGGCCGUGCCGACGUCCUGGAUGGUGCCUGUGGGAACAGAGGACUGCGGCCGGACCCAGGACGUUUGUAAUGGGCAGCUCCAGCCGGGUUCCCACUAUGGGUUCAGUGUUGCGGCCUUUACCAGGUACAGCUCUGAGACCCUCAUCUGCUUCUCAGCCUUCUCAGAGCCCCGGGCCAGCGUGCCCCGGGCGGCCGUGCCCCUCCCAGCAGCGGUGGGCGCAGCGGGCCGUGUCCUUGCGCUUGGCGCCUUGCUGGGCCUGCGGUGCUGGAGGCGAGUGCAGGGCCGGAGGUCGGAGGAGAGCCUGUGCUCCCAGGAGCUGGCGGCUUACAACCUGUGGGCCCACCGGCCCCUCCCUGCCCACAGCUUCCGACAGGGCUACGAGGCCAAGGGCGCCCGUGCCCCCCAGCCUUUCUUUCAGGACUUCGAGGAGCUGAGCGUGGGCAAGGGGCAGCCUAGGCUGGGGGCCGAGCACCCUGCCGACACCGCUGAGAACCGCUACCCUCUCGUGCUGCCACGUGACCACUGCCGGGUCAGGCUGACCCCGCUGGACGGAGAGCCUCACUCCGAUUACAUCAACGCCAACUUCAUCCCGGGCCGCACCCGCCCGCAGGAGUUCAUCCCCACCCAGGGGCCUCUAAAGAAGACCCUGGAGGACUUCUGGCAGCUGGUGUGGGAGCAGCAGGUGGUGCUGUGUGAGCACUCCUGGCCAGCCGACUCACCCGUCGCCCACGGUCACAUCACCGCCUGCCUCCUGGCCGAGGAGCCCGAGGACGAGUGGACCCCGCGAGACUUCCAGCUGCAGCACGCUGCCCAGCAACUGCAGCGGACAGUGAAGCAGCUGCAGUUCACCACCCGGCCAGACCACAGCGUCCCCGAGACCCCCAGCUCCCUGCUGGCCUUUGUGGACCCCGUUCGGGAGCAGGAACGGGCCGCCCCAGGCGCAGGGCCCACCCUGGUGCAUGCAGGCGAGGCAGGCGGCGGGGCAGGCGUGGGCCGCGCGGGCACCUUUGUGGCCCUGUCCAGGCUGCUGCAGCAGCUGGAGGAGGAGAAUACAGUGGACCUAUUCCGCACGGUGUGCUCGCUGCGCCUGCACCGGCCCCUCGUGCUGCAGACCCCGAGCCAGUACAUCUUCCUGCGCGGCUGCCUCCUGAGCAGGAUCCAGGGAGGGGCCCCAGCACCUCUGAGUAGUGCAGCUCCGGGAACCUUGCCCGGUGGGGGACAGGGUCCCCGUCCCUGCCGCCAGCAGGCUGCCAACUCGGUCCACGCGGGGCCGGCGGCAUCCGGCACCCCGACGCGGCCGCGCCCCGCCCAGGCCGCAGCCCAUCCCCCUCCCGCUCCAGCCCUCAAGGACCAGGCCGGCUCUGCGGGAGAGAUGCCCGAAGCCUGGCUCUUCCCAACUCUGGGGGCUGGUGGGGCUCGCGUGCUGGUCUUCCUGUGCCUGCCAGACGCCCAGGAGAAGUCUCUAGUGUCCGGGGGGGCCCUGGAUUCCGAGCAGGUUACUCGGGGCGAGGGGGCACAGCCGCUGCCCUGUGUGCAGCAGGACCGGCCUGGCCCUGCACCCCGCGCCCCGGCCUUCCCGGGGGCUCGCUGCUGCGUGGCCAGAGCGGCGGGUUUUCUCUGCCUCCUCCGCUCCACCACGGUGCAGGAGUCUGGGGAGGGAAAACCAGGAGGAGAAGCAGAAAGGAGGGCAGGAGUGCUCACCGUGGUGACCCCAUCACCCACGGCCUCACCAGGGCCCAUCUGUCCCCUCAUCAACCACGAGGCCCUGGACGGCUGGUGCCAGAGGCGGGGCCCCGGCUGCUCCCGGUAG